CUGCCCCCCUCUGCGCGCUCUCUCUCUCUCUCUUUUUUUUUUUCUCUCAAUGUUUCGGAGUCUUGUAGUGAUGUACUUUCCUCAGUCACACACACCAACCACGCGAUCCCUUGCCUUUCUCACUACAUGAAACCUCCCAUGUCCCCGACCACAGCCCAUGCCGUGAUUCUACGUUUCUUCAUCGCUAAUGCAAGCUUUCUCUGGGAACUACUGGACUGAUCUCCCCUUCCUCACUCUUCCAUCCGAUCCUUCGUAGUUUCACUCUUGCACUAGUUUUUUAAUACUGAAUAAUUUGACUCUUCACAAUCUUCCAUUCCGAUCCUCCAUAUUCAAUAUAAUUGGACUUGAGACGUGAUGUUGGAUCUCAAUCUUAAUGAUGUUUCGGAUGAUUCAUUUCACGGUUCUACCCAGGCGGUGGAUCCGGGGAAGCUCCUUGACCUUUCUAGCAACCAAAUGGAAGAUUCUGGAAGCUUCAAUUCCUCCAUCGUCAAUGCCGAUGCCUUGAGCAGCACCACCGCCGACGAUGACUCUUCUUCUAACCACCCCGAUCACUGCUGCGGCAUUGUGGCGUUUAGCUUCGAUUUCUUCAAGCAAAAUGAAGAUCAUGACAAUAAGAGCUCAGAUUCUGUUACGAGGCAGUUUUUCCCGGUGACCAGUGGUGGGGAAGGUGACUGUUCUUUGGGUUCUUCUUUGCAGCAUCCGUGUAUCCUGCAGGUGGGUUCCGGUGGCCCGCUGCUGCCAAAGAAACCACAACAGCAACAGCAGGUAAAGAAGAGUCGGCGGGGGCCAAGGUCACGGAGCUCGCAGUAUCGAGGAGUUACCUUUUAUCGGAGAACUGGGAGAUGGGAAUCGCAUAUAUGGGAUUGUGGUAAACAAGUGUAUUUGGGUGGAUUUGACACUGCGCAUGCUGCAGCUAGGGCAUAUGAUCGAGCUGCCAUCAAGUUCCGCGGUGCUGAUGCCGAUAUCAAUUUUUCUGUCAGUGAUUAUGACGAGGACAUUAAGCAGAUGAGUAACUUCACCAAGGAAGAGUUUGUGCAUGUUCUCCGUCGCGGGAGCACAGGAUUCUCGAGAGGAAGUUCCAAGUACAGGGGAGUGACACUGCACAAAUGUGGUCGAUGGGAAGCUCGAAUGGGACAGUUUCUGGGCAAGAAGUAUAUUUAUCUUGGUCUGUUCGAUAGUGAGGUAGAAGCUGCAAGGGCCUACGACAAGGCUGCUAUAAAAUGCAAUGGACGAGAAGCAGUCACUAACUUUGAGCCAAGCACAUACGAAGGAGAGAUAAUCUUCCCAGCUGAUAAUGGAGGGAGUGGCCAAAAUCUAAACCUGUUACCCAAUCUUGAUCUGCACUUGGGAGUCGCUCCAUAUUUUUCUGAUGAACCAAUGUCUGAUGAACCAGUGAGGAACAGCAAAGCAAAUGGUUCUCCUUCCCAGCAGGGCCACGAUGCCAUGCCUGAUGACAGGGUAGAAAGGAUUGAGAACUCUACUUCAGCAACACUGGGGGUUCAUCCAUCAUAUGGCCUGGUAAUGGCAUCUGAUCACCCUCCUAUCCGGAGUGGUGUAAAUUCUCGUGUCUUUCCUAUCUAUAAGCAGGAAAGAGCAAUAGAGAAGAGGAUUGAAGUUGAUCACUUGCCGAACUGGGCAUGGCAAAUUCAUGGCCCUUAUGGUGGGGCUACUCCACCUCUCUUCUCUACUGCAGCAUCAUCAGGAUUCUUGUCUUCGGUUAUCACUGCUUCACCAGCUAAUCCCACUCAAGGCAGCUUACAGAGUACAACAGUUCUCCAGCACUAUUACUCUCCAUCACUCACCAACACCACCAGUAUAUCCCCUUACUACUACUGCAGGAGCUGAAACAAGCUACCAGCAGAAACAGCCACAAUUCAAUACCUUCUCUUUUGCAUUGAAAGCAGGUGGGUAGGCUAGCAAAGCAAACUAAGAUUGGUAAAUGAAUUCAUAUAUUCUAAUUUUGAAGUGUGGUUGUAGAUAUGAGACAUUAGAUUGAUCUUUCUCUUUUAUGAAGCCUGUUAAACCAGGGUGCUUUAGCCUGAGUGGGAUGAGCCAAUUUAGAUAUUUUUGCCUUGUUUGAAACUUCAUCAUUGAUGUUGUCUUCUUUGAAAGGGCUGCAUUUUUGCCUUAUCCAUAUACAUGACCUCUUUGGCGCUCAAGCUUUUUACUUA